AUGUCGACUCUUUCAAAGGUACAUCUGGGUGCUAGCUCACUUGAUAAGACUAUUACUAAGUACAAUAAGGAGUCCCAAGAAGAUCGCUCCAAAGAAUUGAUUUUUAUUCGUCAUCACUUAGACGAAGCUUUGAAGUCUCAGUAUCUUACGGUGAAAGACCCGUACACUCUAUGGACAGAGCUGAAGGAUGGGUUUGACCAUAAAAAAACAGUCACCCUUCCAAGAGCUAGAUAUGAGCAGAUGCACCUCCGCUUACAAGAUUUUAAAAGCAUAAGUGAAUAUAACUCGGCUUUAUUUCAGAUUGUAUCUCGCUUAAAACUAUGCGGAGAAACAAUUACUGACGCUGAUCUUUUGGAGAAGACUUACUCUACCUUUCAUGCUUCAAACAUUUUGCUUCAACAUCAAUAUCGUGAAAGGCAUUUUAAGAAAUACUCUAAGCUUAUCUCUUGCCUUCUAGUAGCUCAGCAGAAUAAUGAGUUGUUACUCAAGAACCAUCAAAGUCACCCAGCAGGUUCAACAGCUGCUCCAGAAAUGAACACUACAGAAAGUCGUGGCAAUGCUCUUGAAAGCCGUGGGAAAGGACACGGACGUUGGUUAGUCCCUAAAAAUCCCAACAACAAAAAGAGGGCUGGUAAUAAUUCCCAUCAUCAUAAGGGUAAGAAGAAUGUGUUCCCGAAACACAAAGGCAAAACCUCGCAAAGCCAUUCAAAGCACCAUGAAUCUGUCUGUCAACGUUGUGGUUCACCAGGGCACUGGGAAAAUGUUUGCCGUACUGCAAGGCACCUUGUUGAUCUUUAUCAGGCAUCUAUUAAAGGAAAGGAAAAGAAAGCUGAAACCAAUUUUUCCCAAUAUGACAUGCCAAUGGAUAUGACCCAUUUUGAUAUUUCUGACUUCAAGAAUGAUGGAAAUGAGUUUGAAGACAUGGAUUCCUUCCUCAAGGAAAUCUAA